CCUGUCCAGGUGCACAGGAGCUACAAACAAAGAAGCUGUGUUGGAGGAGGGCCUGUUGGGGCUUCAGCAGGGCACACUAACAGAGAAACCAUGGAGGAAUUAGUGGGGCUUCGUGAGGGCUCCUCCAAGAAGCCAGUGCCACUGCAAGAACUCUGGGGGCCAUGCCCGCGCCUCCGCAGAAACAUCCAGGGGGGCCUAGAGUGGCUGAGAGAGCGGCUGUUCCGUGUGGGUGAGGACUGGUACUUCCUGGUGGCUCUCGGGGUGCUCAUGGCUCUAAUCAGCUAUGCCAUGAACUUCGCUAUUGGGCGCGUGGUCAGAGCACACAAGUGGCUGUACAGGGAAGUUGGGGGCGGCCACCUGCUCCGGUACCUCUCCUGGACCGUGUACCCCGUGGCUCUUCUGUCCUUCUCCUCUGGCUUCUCACAGAGCAUCACGCCAUCCUCUGGAGGGUCUGGAAUCCCUGAGGUGAAGACCAUCUUGACCGGAGUGGUCCUGGAGGACUACCUAGACAUUAAGAACUUCGGGGCCAAGGUGGCGGGCCUCUCCUGCACCCUGGCAACGGGCAGCACCAUCUUUCUAGGAAAACUGGGCCCCUUCGUGCACCUGAGCGUGAUGAUCGCGGCUUACCUGGGCCGCGUGCGCACCAAGACCGUCGGGGAACCUGAGAGCAAGACCAAAGAAAUGGAACUGUUGGCCGCAGGAGCCGCGGUGGGUGUGGCCACGGUGUUCGCAGCCCCCAUCAGCGGUGUCUUGUUCAGCAUCGAGGUCAUGUCCUCUCACUUCUCCGUCUGGGAUUACUGGAGGGGCUUCUUCGCUGCCACCUGCGGGGCCUUCAUGUUCCGUCUCCUGGCGGUCUUCAACAGUGAACAGGAGACCAUCACCUCCAUCUACAAGACCAGCUUUCCAGUGGACAUACCCUUUGACUUGCCAGAGAUCUUCUUUUUUGUGGCCCUGGGGGCCAUCUGUGGCGUCCUGAGCUGCGGGUACAACUACAGCCAGCGGACUUUCUUAUUUUUCCUCAAGGCCAAUGGGUUCACCUCCAAACUGUUGGCUACCAGCAAACCCUUGUACUCAGCUCUGGCCGCUGUGGUCCUGGCUUCCAUCACGUAUCCCCCUGGUGUGGGCCACUUCAUGGCUUCCCGGCUGUCCAUGUCGGAGCAUUUGGAGACAAUGUUUGACAACAACUCCUGGGCCCUGAUGACUAAGAACUCGUCUCCACCCUGGGCAGCGGAGCCUGAUCCCCAGAACCUGUGGUUGGAAUGGUGUCAUCCACAGUUGACUGUCUUUGGGACACUAGUCUUCUUCCUGGUCAUGAAGUUCUGGAUGAUGAUUUUGGCGACCACCAUCCCCAUCCCUGCUGGAUACUUCUUGCCCAUCUUUGUCUAUGGAGCUGCCAUUGGGCGCCUCUUUGGGGAGGUUCUAUCUGUCUCCUUCCCAGAGGGCAUUGUGGCUGGAGGCAGGGUCAAUCCCAUCAUGCCCGGGGCCUAUGCUCUGGCAGGUGCUGCUGCCUUCUCGGGGGCGGUGACCCACACCCUUUCCACGGCACUGCUGGCCUUUGAGGUCACGGGCCAGAUCGUUCACGCACUGCCUGUGCUGAUGGCCGUGCUGGCGGCCAACGCCAUCUCUCAGAGCUUCCAGCCCUCUUUCUACGAUGGCACCAUCAUCGUCAAGAAACUGCCGUAUCUGCCGUGGAUCCGUGGCCGACAGAUUGGUUCCCACUCCGUGACUGUGGGUCACUUCAUGAACUGCGCCCUCGCCUCGCUGGCCAAAGACAUGCCCCUGGAGGAAGUGAUCCAAGUCUUGAUCUCCACAGAUGUGACCCAGUACCCCCUGGUGGAGACUACAGAGUCUCAGACCCUGGUGGGCGCUGUAAAAAGGACCCACUUAGUGCAAGCCCUCCGGACUGAGCCAGCUUCCUGGGCUCCGGGCCAGCAGCCCUGUCUUCAGGAUAUCUUGACUAAUGGCUGCCCCACCCAGCCAGUGACACUGCAGCUGUCCCCGGAGACCUCCCUGCACGAGACACACAACCUUUUUGAGCUGCUGAACCUUCAGACGCUGUUCGUGACGUCACGAGGCAGAGCUGUGGGCUCUGUGUCGUGGGUGGAGCUGAAGCAAGCAAUCUCAACCCUGACCAACCCGCCCGCCCCCAAUUGCCCUGGAUCUGGGAUCUCUCAGCCCCGCAGGGCAUCUCCACUCAGCAGAGAAGAACGCUCCGUAGUCACACUCCCCUCCCCGAAGGAGCUGAGAAUAAAUGAAGACAUCCGCGUGUUCUGUCGCGUUGUGACCCUUGUGCCUUCUGGGGUUGUCUGCUGCUAACCAGGAGCUUCUGAGAAAAAUAAAACUGAUGUCUGGAGCCACUGGUGUCCCCUCUUCUCCCUUAAGGGUGUGCAGAGCGGGGAGGGGAGCUUCCUCUUUGAGGGACCUUCUACACCACGGUCAUCAAGGCGCCCCCUUUCUCCUAUCGCUCCAGACAAUGUACACAGGGUGAUCUGUGACCCCGAAGGACCGAGCUUCAUGCCUGCAGAUUUGAUUUGCCCUCUUCCUCCUCACACUCAACUCAGGUACAGCGAGGGCAGCCUCACACAGCUCCUCUUCUUCAACAGACACCUCCAACCUGACCACUGGGCUCUCCAGCCCUCGCACUCAAUGUGAUGGGCCACUGAGCCGUGGGCUUUGUAAUUGGGCAUGGAUAGCUAUCGGGUGACUGUCUACACGUAAGUCCAGGACACCCCAAUACCUCAAACCACUUCAUGGUCUGUACCCCCAACCCAGAUAUCUAUUCAACCCCCCCCCCCAGUAUUGAAUGCCCUGCAUCCCAAAUGCCACACAUAAUUCAAAGGCCCGCCCCUGCCCAUGCCCUGCCACCAUGACCAAUGGCGUCCUCGCCUUGCUAAACCCACACCCUGCCCUCUGCCAUCCCACUUCACUUAGAUUCCACACCCACUUUCAUGCCUCUGCUCCGGGUCCUGUUCCCAGAGGGCAUUCCUGUCAUGGCCUUCACUUCCUUUCUGACCUGGUCCCCACUCCUACACCCAAUCUACGAAUCAGCAGUUCUGAAACGGGGUGAAAGAAGAGGAAAAGGAAGGAAGGAAGGAAGGAAGGAAGGAAG